AUGGAAGAAGGAAUGAGACGAUGGAAUUCGGAAGUAGAGAAGGAGACAAAAUUGGAAAUUUGUCCCGAAAUGGUGAAAAACACUCGUUACGGUGGCGCACAGGGUGAAGAUGAUGACACGGAAGCUGUAAAGAAAGCAGCAGAAGAGAGAGCACGUAAGAAAGCAGAAGUAAGGAAACGUCUAGAAGAGGCUAACCGUGCCAAGAAAGUCAAAAAAGGUUUCCUCACUCCGGAAAGGAAAAAGAAACUUCGGAAAUUACUGAUGAUGAAAGCGGCGGAAGAUCUGAAGCAGCAACAGAUGCUCAAAGAGCAGGAAAGACAACGUGUCUUACAGGAACGCAUCUUGCCUUUACCGGAUCUGGAUAACAUUCCUGAUGGUUUGAUAUUUGACACUCUGUAG